CCUCACUGGUACUUUUUCCACCUCUCACUGAGCACCAGCGAACAGAAAUUGCAGCUUCUCUCUCUCUCGACGACACUUCCUCUCCAUAGAAAACUAAAAACUAAAAAGAAGAGAUUUUCAGAUGGGAGAAGGGAAGGGCUCUACUCUGGUCCACCUUCUGGUGGUGGUUCUGAGCCUUGUUGCCUUUGGAUUCGCCAUUGCCGCUGAGAGACGAAGAAGCAUUGGCCAUAUUGAGAAAGAUCUAACAAAUGCUACAUACUGUGUCUACAACUCUGAUGUUGCAACUGGUUAUGGAGUGGGUGCUUUCUUAUUUCUUCUUUCAAGUGAAUCAUUACUAAUGGGUGUGACAAAGUGCAUGUGUUUUGGAAGACCAUUAGCCCCAGGCGGAAAUCGAGCUUGGUCCAUCAUCUAUUUUGUCUCAUCGUGGUUGACUUUUCUGGUUGCAGAAGCAUGUCUAAUUGCGGGGGCAGUGAAAAACGCAUACCACACCAAGUACCGGGGAAUGAUAUAUGCUCAAAAUUUCUCAUGUGAAACAUUGCGGAAAGGUGUUUUUGUUGCUGGAGCAGUGUUUGUAGUUGCAACAAUGGUUCUUAAUGUAUACUACUACAUGUAUUUCUCCAAGGCUACUGCCCCUCAGGCAGCACAGAAAGCAAAUCGUACAAGUUCAAAUGUUGGGAUGGCUGGGUAUGCAUAGAAAAUCAUCUAUGGGACCAAAUAACUAAGUUUUGUUACAUGAUAUUUUGAGUUCUUUUGGUGAUUGUAUCAUGCAAUUAUAUUGUCGUGCUUAUGUCGAAAUAUAUAGUGCGUCUAUGAUUUGUGAAAGCACAAUCAAGGAAAUUUUUAUCAAGAUAAAUAAGACGAAUAGAAAGUCAAAUUUAGAGAA